GAUGAAUCAAGCGAUUCAGAAGGCGCAAGACUCGGAGGCCGAGAUGAAGAAAUCUGAAAGAGACCGAAUGGUGCUGAGCGAUGAUCUCGAUGAUGCGAGGCAGCAAGCUGCCCAGCUGAAGCGCGAUAAUGAGAACUUGCAGCAGCAGAUUAACACACUCAACCAGUCCAUAAGCGCGUUCGAAGUCAAUGCGGCAAACAAGGACCAUGAGUUGCGCCGCGUCCAUGACAGGCUGCACGACAGAGACCGAGAGCUCCAGCACAGUCGAACCCAAAUCGAAUCAUUUAAACAAACGGUCGCCCUGAAGGAUGACGAAAUCGCUCGGCUCAGGGAGAGCGAGACAGAACUGCAUGAGCAGAUAGCCGAGUCGGAUCAUACCCUCCGGUCUUUGCAAAUCACGCAUGCGAAUGAAUUGAAAGAGAUGAAAGCCAGGGCUCAGGAUGCAGAGGAGAGGGCCACACAGCUCCGAGAGGAAAUCAGCAGUCUCGAGAAUGAGAAGGACGCCGAAAUCAACAAGGCACAAGCUGUCGAAGCCGAACUUAUGGCUAUGCGGGCAUCUCAGUUCGAUGUCUCCAAGAAGACGAGACUGUCGUCCAACAAGUCGCCAUUGUCGAACGAAUAUGGACAAGAGGAAACGGAUAAGGGUACCCUGAUCGAUGAGCAGUCUGCCGCGGAGAGCACCGAUGCAGACAACGACACGUUCGUGACGCAUACUGUCAUUACCAGACGAAAGCAGUCAAGAAAAUCUGGUGUAAAAGCCGGGCCUGCAUCUGUCUUGGCAGAAAUUGAGAACUCGCGCUUCUUCGCCGAGGUUGCGGUACAAUCUGAGCCGCUGGAACACGCGUCAACACUGGCGGACGAGACGGUCGUCGAGCCGGCGGAGACCAAACUCAAACAGGAUGAGAUUGUUGCGCUCCCUGCAGACGAGCCAUUCCCGUCAACUUUGCUGCUUAACACCACCGGCCGCUCCGCGACGCCAGCUGAAGCAGAGUUGGAGAAGAAGCUGCUCAUAAAGUGGCACGCGAACCUUGCGUUGCCUAUCGAAGGGCUCGGAAAAGGCGUUACAGAUGAUGCUGCCUCGGAGUGGGCAGUGCUGAGGCAAGAAACCGGCAGUGGAUGCGCUGUCAUUGACCAGCUGUUGGAAAGGUCGAAGAAGACGGGCCCGCGGCCUGGAUCGAGGAAAGCCGAGCCACCCCAACCUAUCGUGUUGGUCACCGAAAAGUUUGUCUCAACCAAAGAUGUGCCGAGCGUGUACACCCUGCAAUCCAUCAUCCGGCAGGUCAUCACCUCAGUCUACCCACAGUACAAAGGAGAGCUGGACCCGUACAUCGCUAUGCUCCCCGCCCAUCCACUGGUGCUGAACCGCAAUACCAUCCUCGUGCUCGCACUCAUGCUCGCCUUUCUCAUCUUCUCUUACACUUUCCUCCUCCUGCACUGGGCGCCCGUGCUCAACCCGGCUGCGUAUUACCCCGGUGUUUCCUACCGGGAUCGUGCGCUCUGGACAGCGUAUCACCAGUAUGCGUACCAUAGGCGGUACGGCCCGCCAAGGAUGUCGAGGACUAGCCCGCUCAGCGACCCGUUUACCAGAGUGUGGUGUAGGGUAGUCGAGUGGGUGACAUGAUCAUGAUCUUCUCUCCAACUUCCAUGUCCACUUUCGCUCUAUCUAUCUAUAACCGGUCUUUUCAUCUCAUGUUGUAUACCUACGCUUUUUACCCCAGCUGGUUACGCACUGAUUGUCACUCGUUCUUAU